AUGGACCAGACAGCAACAGCCGCUGGGUCGGCUUCGGCCACCGAAAACACACCACUGCUCCCCACGGCAGACGUCCGCCCCAAGUCGUCGCGUACCGUCACCUUCAACCCGAACCCCGUCUCCAAGACGAUAGAGCCCGAGCCCGACUUCCAACGAUCCAAGGCGGGCCAUGGCAACAACAGCCUGUCGGCGAGCCCCGGACAGAGCUCCGCCCUGGCCUCCAUCAACAACAAGCUGCGGAGGAGGAACAGCCACGGAGCGGUGCCGAGCCACAUACCACCCCAGCUGGUGCCCAAGAUCGGUCCGCAGCGAAGCACCAAGAAUGCGCAAAAGCUUAAGCUGCUCCCUAACCCCGAGCUCAACGAAGAGAGCCCGGAUGAGGAGAGCGGUAGGGACGUGUACUCGCAGUAUACCCGGAUCAAGGAUCCCACGGCGCGCAGAGAUGCCGCGCGCCUGGGUAAGGCGGACCGCGACCGGCUGCCGAGGGUGACGGCGUACUGCACGGCCAACAAGUACCAGAUGGACGGCCUGAUGCGUUUCCUCAAGGGCCGGGGCAAAUCGAGGGGCGCCAACCCGAAGCUGAUCGACGAGUGCAUCUACUCGGCGUACGACUACAGCAAGACCGUCGAGAACAGGCACGACCGCAGAGUAGGCGCCCAACCCGACCCGGUACAGGCGUACGAGAGGCGGCACUCAACGGGCGACGUCUCGGACAACGGCUUCUCUCGCGACAACCUCAUCGACCUCCAGUCGGAAGGCCGGCAGGACUCCGGCUUUGUCGACGGUUUCGACGGAGGCAACGAGCACGCCCUGGUCGAGACCAACCCGGACUUUGACACCCAGGUCCACACCCCGGAGGUCUUCCUUUUCGACUACGGGGUCGUCGUCAUAUGGGGCAUGACCCUGGCCCAGGAGCAGAGGUUCCUGAAGGAGAUUGCCAAGUUCGAGACGGAGAAGCUUUCGGUGGACGACGUCGAGACGGAGCACUUCAACUUUUACUACACGCGCGAAUACCAAGCGCGUAUCUACAACGACUUCAUCACGCUGCGGGACAAGCGGAACUACAUGACCAAGCUGGCCAUCUCCCACGCGCUGGCCCAGAGCGUCAAGACGUCCCUGUUUGAAGAGUUGAUCGCCUCGACCGUCGACACGUGCAAAGACAUCCCUACCCAGAUCGCGUUGACGGGCAAGAUCGCCCUCAGCCGCACGCAAAUCAACAUGCAGAUCGGCGAGCUCUUCAUUCUCCGCAUCAACAUCCAUCUCAACGGCUCCGUGCUCGACACGCCGGAGCUGUUCUGGGUCGAGCCCCAGCUCGAACCCGUGUACCAGGCCGUCCGGAGCUACCUGGAGAUGGACCAACGUGUCGGCCUCCUGAACGAGCGUCUGGACGUCAUUGCCGACUUGUUGGCCGUGCUGAAGGACCAGCUCAGCCACGGCCACGGAGAGAAGUUGGAGUGGAUUGUAAUUGUACUCAUUGCGGCCGAGAUUGUCGUCGCAGCCAUCAACAUCGUGGUGGAUUUGUAUGCAUCGGAUUAG